GGCCCGAGCCCGAGGCACAGCGGCGCCAGGCCAGGGACCACGCGCGGCCGCGGCCACGGCCGCGUCUAGGGCUCGCGCGCGGCAGCCACCGCGCGCCGCGCCACCACCCAUCGCCCCCGCUCGCGUCCACGUGAGCCGCACCGCCGCCGCCACCACCACCACCUCCUCACCCCUCCGCCGCGGCCGAUGGCCCAACCCCCACCCAGAAAACCCGAACCGCCCACCACCCAUACCCCGCCCCUCCUCGCCUUAUCCUCCUCCACCGCCGCCGCCGCCGCCAUCUAUUGCGCCUAACUACUCCCCAGCCGCCGCCCGCCCCAGAUCUAGAUCUGGGAUCCCCGUGACCGCGGAUGAUGGCCGCGGGGGCGCACGACGACGCCGACGAGCCGCCGCGGCGGUUCGCGCUGAAGAAGAGCGCGCCGGCGCAGCCGUGGUCGGAGCUCGAGACCUUCCACCUCAUCGACGCGUACGACGAGCGCUGGACGGCGCUGGGGCGCGGCCAGCUCAAGGCGCAGCAGUGGGAGGAGUUGGCGGCGGACGUCGCCGCUCGCUGCGCCGCCACGCCGGGGGUCGCCGUCCACCGCAAGACCGGGACCCAGUGCCGCCACAAGCUGGAGAAGCUCCGCAAGCGCUACCGCACCGAGGCCGCCCGCCCCGUCACCUCGCUCUGGACCUUCUUCCGCCGCAUGGAUCAGCUCGAGCGCGGGCCCCUCGCCGCCUCCGCCGCCUAUCCACCCGCGGCUGGCUCCCCGACGGGAGCCGCCUCUGACGAGGAAGAGGAGGAAGAGGAGGAGGAAGAAGAGGAAGAAGAAAACGAGGAGCAGGAGGAGGAAGAGGAAGAGCUCGUCCCCCGGAACAACAACACCAGGAGCAUCAACGGCAUCAUCCGGGAAUUCGGCAGCGGCCUCGCCCCGCGCCACCCGCAGCUGCAGUUGCAGCAGCCGCCUUCUUCAAUCACGCCGUCCACCGCGCCUCCGCGGAAGAGAGUGGCCUACGAGGCGUUCCAGGCCAAGGCCGCGGCGGCCGCCGCGGCCGCUGUUGCGGCGGACAAGGCCAAGGAAGAGGAGGUGGAGCUGGUUCGCCGCCCCUCUGGCCGAGGGGGAACCAACACCCAGCUCUCGGCGGUGCUGAGGGAUUUCAGCGAGGGGUUCAUGCGGCUGGAGCGCCGGCGCAUGGAGAUGCAGUGGGACAUCGAACGAGGGUGGCAGGAGACGGAGGCCCGGCACGCCAAGAUGCUCCAGGAUGCGCAGCGCCAGCUUCGGGACACCGUCGCCGCCUCCUUCGCCCUGCCGCCGAAGAAGGCCAGGAGGGACUAUGGCAGCAGCGGCGACUCCUAGCAACUGACGGUUGGUGAUCUGAUGGUAGGGAUCCCAGUUGUUCCUCCUAUGUUCAGGAAUUUAGUCGUAGUUCGUACUAUAUGGUAGUACUGAUUUGCACUAGCAUUUUUAACUAUCUCUAUUAUGCCUAGUAUCUGUGUUUAGCAUUCUUAAUUUAGGUCGUAUAUGGUGAAUGGCGAUGCUUUUGGACGAUGAAGGCUAGUGUAGUACAUGCAUCUGUGUUUGUGUUGCAAUUUUUCUGUGCUUUGCACUUCGCUUCUA